AUGAGCAAACGCGAGGAUGAGCAGCACUUGGCGAGCUCUGUUCCCGAAGCUGCCGCGCUCUAUGGCGAUGAGCAGCCCGAUUCACUUUUCUACGAGGAGCCCCGUGUGAACGUGCAUCACAUCGACGACGCUGCACGAGCAGCCGUCCAAAGGCACUACUUGACCCUCAUCGAACCUUACCAUGGCGAGGCGAGCGUGCUGGACCUCAUGUCCUCCUGGACGUCGCACCUGCCGGACGACCUCAAGGUGAAGCGGCUGGUGGGGGUCGGGAUGAACGAGGAGGAGCUGCGUGCCAACCCGCUUCUCACGGAGCGACGAGUGCUCGACUUGAACCAAGAGCAGGUGGAGCUGCCCUUCGACAACGACUCUUUUGAUGUGGUUCUCUGUUCGGUGAGCGUGGACUACCUCACUCGCCCGAUGGGGGUCUUCAAGGAGGUGCACCGACUUCAGCAACCGAUGCUUCCCGAGAAGGUGAUCGAUAUAUGGCUGCACAUCAGUGAUCGGGAGCGAGUCUACCUGGUGGGCUCCUACUUUCAUUACACGCCGGGCUUCGCCCCUCCUGAGUCGCUCGAUAUCUCGCCCCACCCCGGCGAGACCGAUCCCAUGUACGUGGUGCAGGCGCGUAAGGUGCCCUACUGUCCAUAA